GUCGAUCAGACGAGCUACGAUCCCAAUGAGUACCCGCAGCCAGAAGGAUGGAACCGACGUCGUCGCACACUGCCAGGCGUGUAGCAAUCCGGACACCGAGAGGAUGGUGAGCUGCUGCCACUGUAGGUCGUGGUGGCAUUUCGAAUGCGUCGGAGUGACCGGCAGUAUCGCGGAGCAAGGUAGAACGUUCACUUGCCCUGGAUGCCAGCAACCAUCGCUAACUAUCCCGCCAGACUUUGAGAAGCCUAAAGUUGGUAAGUCCGUGAGCAAAGCCGGUAGUUUCGUCUCCGGAAGAACGAGGUCCAGCGUUAGGGCUAGAAGAGCUCAGUUAGAAUUAGAAAAGCUAGAGGCGCAGAAGGCUCUCGCCUUAAAACGAUUAGAAUUAGAGAAUAAGAAGUUGCAGCUGGAGGCGGAGGUCCUUGAGGAAUCUUUCCGGUUGCGCGAAGAGAUAGAGAGAGAGGGCGGAAGCGAUACCGGGAGCGUGUAUUCGCAGCAGAGUUCACGUAGUAAGGUAGAAGAGUGGCAGAAGCAGCAGGAAGAGAUCAUGAGUUCGACGAUCGCGGCAUCUGCGGAAAUACCCUCGGAGGUCGGUCUUCAGAAGGAAACCACGGCGACAAUCGGAACAGGUGCUAGCCAGGGCGGCGAAAAGCAGCCGGGAAAGAACAUUCUCGAUAGGGCCUUGCAAGGCAUUUCCUUAGAAGAUAGUAUUAGCGAGGGUACGUUAGGAGGCAUGAUUGGUCGAACAUCGGAAAUCCUAAGGCAGUCAGGCACCAGUAGGGCAGGACUUCCUCCUGUAAGCGUCAGCUCUAGAGUACCAGGCGUGAGCGCCAACAACCAAGUCUUGCUCGGGUACAUACAUCCGCACUCCACUCUUGGCUCAUGGAAUGAGUCCAAUAUUCCGCAGUCAAUAGCUCCCUCGUUAAUUCCCAGUCAAUCGCAAAUCGGCGGGUUUGCGAGACAUUUGCCAGCAAGCAAUUCGCGAAUCGUUUCCUCGGUAGUGAAUACGGCAAGUGGUACGAGAAUUGGUGAUUCCUUCAGUGCGCGACCAGUUGCAACAAGCGAAGCGGUUGGUGAUUAUCCGAUGAACACACGAGACGAACAACCGUUGCUGAGACGCAGAGAUCAACCGAUGCGGAAUCCGGAGCUGCACACAUCACUCAACCCAGAAAGGCAGUCGGUAGAGAGUCCGAGGGAGAAUCUCGCUCAGAACGCUGAUCAGCAUGGUUGGGGACCGAGCCCGCAGCAGAUUGCAGCACGGCAAGUUAUUGCAAAAGAGUUACCGACGUUUAGCGGAAACCCAGAAGACUGGCCACUGUUCAUCAGCUCGUUUACCAACACAACCCAAGCGUGCGGGUAUUCAGAUGCAGAGAACUUGGCCAGACUGCAGCGGAGUUUGAAGGGAAAUGCACUUGAUGCGGUACGUAGUCGCUUGCUUCUUCCUGCAGCCGUUCCGCACGUUAUAGCUACCCUUGAAACGUUGUACGGUAGACCGGAGCUGCUAAUCCACACGUUGUUGCAGAAGGUUCGAGGGGCUCCAGCGCCAAAACAGGAUCGGCUCGAGACUUUGAUCGGAUAUGGCAUGGCCGUGCAAAAUCUCAGCGAUCACCUGGAAGCAGGCGGACAUCAGGCUCAUCUAAACAAUCCGAUGUUGUUGUUCGAGUUGGUGGAUAAGCUACCCGCUAACAUGAAGCUGGACUGGUCGCUGUAUAAGCAACGCUGCGUUGAUGUGAGCAUCCGGGCAUUCUCGCAAUACAUGGCAACGCUGGUGCGAGCGGCAACUGACGUCACGUUGCACUACGACCCAAAGCAUCAACCAGAACAGCAGCAGCGAGGAGCGAGAGGUGGCAAGGACAAGACUUUCUGUGGGGCGCACUCUACGGAAGCAGCUCUGAAGACGCCGGCGAAGGAGGAAUGUAUGUUCGGACGAAAAGAAGAGCGAUCGAGUCCAGCCUGUCUGGUUUGUAAGGAUUCAGAACAUCGGGUGAAGAAUUGUCCCUUGUUCGCCAAGAAGCCUCUGGAAGAACGCUGGAAGCUAACUGGGCAGUUAAGUCUGUGCCGGAUCUGCUUAGGAAUCCAUGGGAAACGUCCUUGCAGGAUUCGAGGAACAUGUGAUAUCGACGGAUGCCAGCUGCGACAUCAUCCGUUGCUACACUCGAAGCAGAGGGAAAACGGAAAUAAAGUGAAGGCUGACUCGAAGGCGGAAGGAUCAAGUGCGAUAACCAACCAUCACUCAGCGGACAGGGCGGUACUUUUCCGAAUCGUUCCCGUAAUGCUGCAUGGCAAUAAUCGAACGGUGCCCGCAUAUGCUUUCCUGGACGAUGGAUCGGCUAGGACCUUGGUGGACGAGGAGAUCGCAAAGGAGCUGGGUGUAACCGGACAACCACUUCCCCUAUGCUUGCAGUGGACUUCCAACGUGAAGCGUGUCGAAGCGGAUUCUCAACAAGUGGCCUUGGAGAUUUCUGGAGAGAAGAGCCACUGUAAAUUUGCGUUGAAGGACGUGCGCACAGUACGGAAACUGGACCUGCCACGACAAUCGCUUCGGUAUGCAGAAUUGGCAGAUGCUUUUCCUUACCUGAAGGGGCUACCGAUCAGAGGAUAUGAGAACGCGCUUCCGCGGAUACUCAUCGGCAAUGAUAAUGCGCACGUCACGGCGAUGCUGAAGAUGCGGGAAGGUCGGCCCGGAGAACCUAUUGCUGCCAAGUCUCGACUCGGGUGGACGGUGUAUGGAUCGCGGAGCGAGAGCAUCGGACGCGCACAUAGCUUCCAUAUAUGCGAUUGUGAAGACGACCAGGCUAUUCAUGAUUUAGUGAAGCAAUUCUUUUCUGUAGAAAGCUUGGGUGUUGACGUCGCGCCAUGCCUGGAAUCGGCGGAAGUGCAAAGAGCGAAGCGAAUUUUGGAGAAUACCACUAAGCGCAUUGGACAACGUUUCGAGACAGGGCUUCUGUGGAAAUAUGAUCGUUUUGAAUUUCCGGAUAGUUACCCGAUGGCGGUUCGGCGUUUACAGUGCUUGGAGCGGCGUAUACAGAAGGACCCAGUGGUAGGCGAGAGUGUCAUGAGGCAGUGGUCCGAAUACCAGACCAAGGGCUACAUACAUAAAGCGACCCCGGACGAGCUCAGAGCGGCAGAUCCGAAGCGUACGUGGUAUCUCCCGUUGGGCGUUGUUAUCAACCCGAAGAAGCCAUCAAAGAUCCGUAUUUUCUGCGACGCGGCGGCGAAAGUAGACGGCAUCUCCAUGAACACGAUGCUCCUAAAGGGGCCGGAUCUUCUGAACACGCUGCUCGAUGUGCUUUUCGGAUUCCGUGAAAAGCAAGUCGCACUCUGCGCCGAUUUGAAAGAGAUGUUCCAUCAAAUUCAGAUUCGGCCAGCUGAUCGACAUGCACAACGUCUGCUAUGGCGGGAAGAUCCAGCGCAAGUUCCGGAUGUCUAUCUUAUGGACGUUGCUACGUUUGGAGCAACCUGUUCGCCGUGUUCGGCACAGUUUGUUAAAAACAGAAAUGCCGAGGAGCACUCGUCGGAGUACCCGGAAGCAGCGGAUGCCAUCGUGCGUAAGCACUACGUGGAUGACUAUCUUGACAGCGCAGACAAUGUAGAGGCAGCAGUGAAGAUAGCUUUGGAAGUGAAACAUGUGCACUCUCUCGGCGGGUUCCACCUGCGGAAUUGGCUGUCAAACUCAAAAGAAGUUCUUGCACGGGUCGGGGAAACCGAAACGGCAGCUGAGAAGAAUCUCCAAUUGGACAAGGGCAACUCGACAGAGCGUGUACUAGGGAUGUUCUGGAAACCGGAAGAAGAUGUGUUUACCUUUUCGACGACGUUGGCACUUGAAACGGAUCAUCCCACAAAGCGACAAGCGUUACGCGUCGUGAUGAGUCCGUUCGACCCUGCCGGGUUGUUAUGCUUCUUUCUCAUCCAUGGGAAGAUCCUAAUACAAGAGCUGUGGAGGUCGAAAACCGAUUGGGAUCAGCAGAUACCGGAGCAGUUGAAGGAGCUGUGGAUGCGCUGGACAAGCAGGUUUGAACAGCUGGACGAAGUACGUGUACCGCGUUGCUAUUUUCCUCUCCGGGCGCAAAACGAGAUCAUCAACCUUCAACUGCAUGUCUUCGUCGACGCCAGUGAAGAAGCGUACGCCUGCGUUGCAUAUUUUCGAGCGGAGUUUACGGACACGGUUGAGAUAGCAGUGGUCGGAGGCAAAGCGAAAGUAGCACCGUUGAAAGCGAUGUCAAUUCCAAGGUUGGAGCUGAUGGCGGCGGUGAUAGGAGUUCGUCUACUAAAAACUAUCCGCAAUGGGCAUUCGCUGAAGAUCGACAAAACGGUAAUGUGGAGCGACUCGAAAACAGUGUUAGCCUGGAUCAAUUCGGACCAUCGGAGAUAUCGGCAGUUCGUCGCAUGCCGCGUCGGUGAAAUUAUUUCGAAGUCGGAUGCUGCGCAAUGGCGAUGGGUGCCAACCAAGGAAAAUCCAGCAGAUUUGGCAACCAAGUGGGGAAAAGGUCCAUGCUUUUCGUCGACAAGUUCGUGGUUUAGGGGACCAGAAUUUCUACGUUCCUCCGAAAACGAAUGGCCUCUCGGAGAAAGGAUAAACGACGAAGGAACCACCGAGGAAAUUAGAAUUUGUCUGGUGCAUUCAAAAGCAGCUGAGCUCCGUGUAAUCGAGUGGCAUCGGUUUUCCAACUGGAGUCGUUUGCAGCGUUCAGUGGCAUUUUCUCUCCGAUACUGCAGAAAUUUGAAGCACAAGGUGAAGAAGGAGCCGCUAGCAGAGGGACCGCUGACGCAACAAGAACUAUCGCAAGCAGAGAUGGCUAUAUUUCGCCUGGUGCAGAGCGAGGAGUAUCCAGAUGAAGCAGCAGCUCUCAGCGCCGAACGUGAUCAACAGGAGAACUGUUCGGUACGACUAGAACGAACAAGCAAGAUUCGGACAUUGUCGCCGUUCAUGGACGAUACCGGCGUUAUCCGAUCGGAGACUAGAAUUUGUGCAGCUGCUUUCGUAUCGUACGAUACCAGGUUUCCGAUAAUUCUUCCAAAGGAUCAUGCGGUUACUAAAUUGUUGCUGGAAUGGUACCACCGCAGAUUUCUCCACGCGAACGGAGAGACGGUGGUUAACGAAGUGAGGCAGCGAUUUCACAUUUCGACACUACGUUCAGUAGUCCGCAAGGUGGCGAAGACGUGUAUGCAGUGCAAGGUGAGGAAGGCGGUCCCGACAGUUCCACGGAUGGCCCCUCUGCCAGAAGCGAGGCUAAAAGCAUACGAGCGUCCGUUUUCAUAUGUGGGGCUCGAUUAUUUCGGACCCAUAUCAGUUCGAGUCAACCGUAGCACGGUGAAGCGGUGGAUAGCACUGUUCACCUGUCUCACUACACGUGCUGUUCAUCUUGAGGUUGUUCAUACGCUGGCAACCGAAUCCUGUAAACAAGCGAUACGGCGAUUCAUCGGACGAAGAGGCGCUCCAGCGGAAUUUCGCAGUGACCGAGGAACAAACUUCGUAGGUGCAAACAACGAACUGCGAAAGGAGAUGAACGCGAUGGAUGUUCAGUUAGCAGAAACGUUCACGAAUACAAAAACUCGGUGGGUGUUCAAUCCGCCGACAGCGCCACAUAUGGGCGGCGCUUGGGAACGUUUGGUGAGGUCGGUGAAAACGGCAAUGGCGGCUAUCAAAACUACGGAGAUCCCGAAAGAAGAAGCGUUGGCGACGUUCGUAGUCGAGGCGGAAAGCGUGGUCAAUUCAAGGCCACUAACAUUCAUCCCAUUAGAGACGGAGCAGCAGGAAGCGUUGACACCAAACCACUUCUUGUUAAUGAAUUCUACCGGGGUGGUGCAACCUCCGAAGGCAACAGCGGACCUGAAAAUGGUCUGUAGAGGUAGCUGGGAACUCUGCCGAUCUAUGGUGGAUCAAUUUUGGAGAAGAUGGGUACAAGAAUAUCUGCCCACUAUAGCUCGUCGAACCAAAUGGUUUGAAGAUGUAAAACCAAUAGGAGUUGGCGACUUGGUCAUUGUCGUCGAGGAGAAGAUCCGGAACGGAUGGAUACGGGGCAAAAUUGUCAGAGUCAACAAUGGAAGUGAUGGAAGAGUUCGUAGUGCAGUAGUACAAACUACAGCCGGACUAAUGGAACGGCCGGUAGCGAAGAUGGCACGACUGGACGUAGAAUGUGAAGGUAAAGCUGAUUAGUAGGAACUCAACCAGCUGUACGGGUCGGGAAAGUGUUGCGGUGUACAACAUCGAGUCCAGUCCGCCGCUGCUGGCAUCCCGGUUAUAAUAUAUUGCAGAUAGGGCACGGGGAAAUGAUUUGAUGACGGUAGAACAAUGGAUGUGUUUGGCUGGUAGAUAGAAGUUGAAUUGAUUGUAAAGAUAAACACACAACGAUAAGGAAAGUGCAGAUAGAACGUAGAAAAGUAAUUAGUUUUCAAAUUGAAUUUUUGUAUGUUUUCCUGCAGUAAAUCGUAUCUGUAAGUAGUAUUUAUAUUAAGGUUCAAACACAAAUUAAUUCCAAGACCGUUUGUUAGGAAGUAGUCGCUAUCGAUAUAGUGCGCAUUUCAAUAGCAACAUUGGGCUUAGCUAGGGUAACCAGUACGUGAGUACUACGAAAUACGAGUUGCGAAACAUCUUUGGGAUAGGUGGCCCGCAUGACUUGGAGAUCUGGGUGACCAAUGUAUGGUAAAUUUGUUUAUUAUUCCUAAAUUUAAGCUAAUGAAUACAUCAGCUUUUAGCAUAUCAACACUGGAAAACACCGGCGUGUGUGUCUCAAAAGAACCCGAAAAACUCCUCCCAACAGUCAAACUUAUCACUG